AGGUAAUAACUACUUCUGAAUGAGCUCAAGCCUACAAUAUUUACAACUACUGUAUAUGAGACUGUAGUAAUUAAAACACUCACAAGUCUAUAUAUCAACAUACUUAGACAUACCUAUAUAUACACCGAGCCAGCAUGAGUGCCGCAGGGUCUUCCAAGGGUGGCGCACAUGCCAGAGCCGGCUCACUAGCGGUUGUCGCUGAAGAGAAGGUGGUUGAUCUUAAUCAGCAUCCUUCUGGAAUCAUACCCGAGUUGCAAAACAUUGUCUCUACAGUCAAUCUGGAUGUCAAGCUAGAUCUCAAGAAGAUAGCCCUACACGCACGCAAUGCCGAGUACAACCCGAAGCGUUUUGCGGCUGUGAUCAUGCGCAUUCGCGAGCCUAAGACAACGUCAUUGAUCUUCGCUUCUGGAAAAAUGGUCUGCACAGGUGCAAAAAGCGAAGAAAUGUCUAAGCUUGCAGCCCGAAAGUAUGCGCGGAUCAUUCAGAAACUGGGCUUUAAAGCUCGCUUUACGGAGUUCAAGAUACAAAAUAUUGUUGGGAGUUGCGACGUUAAGUUCCCCAUUCGACUUGAAGGAUUGGCGUUCACGCACGGGAAUUUCGCUUCGUAUGAACCGGAGUUGUUUCCAGGUCUAAUCUACCGUAUGAUGGAGCCUAAAAUUGUGUUGCUGAUCUUCGUAUCGGGGAAGGUCGUGUUGACGGGUGCCAAAGAACGAGAGCAAAUCUAUGAGGCAUUCGAGAAUAUAUACCCGGUAUUGACUGAGUUCAGGAAGCCCUGAAUGGACAGGCUGCUUGAUCCCCCGAAGUGCGUACUGUGCGAAUCAGUACCCUACCUGGCGCAGUCCCCACACGUUAUGUACACCUAGUUGAGUACCAAGUACUCGGCUAUACGAGUGCGCGGGUCGCCUUGUAAACACGCAUAUAUGAGGCGCAGUCCAAAGUCGCACAUAUAAUAGUAGCCUGUCUGUGGUUAGUCUUCUGUAUAUAGAAAUAGGUAUGGCCUGGCCGGCCCUAUUUUGCCUGGACUCCGGUGCCGGUGGUACACGCCACACCCGCGCUACGGCAUAUGUUGGUGGUCCGGAUAAUAUCUUGGAUUCAUAUGCGUAUCACUCUGGAGAUUUGUUCGGGUCAGACCAUUGAUAGUUUGCUGACGAGUUCAGUGGCACGCGGUAUUUGGCUUUUACACAAACAGACAGAUCCAGUACAUAGACAAUUUAGAAAGGAUGAGCCGCAUUCUCCAAGCUCCACUUACAUGUCGGUCAAUGGGAACCUAAUACAAAUGCUGGCCCAUAAAAGGGGUACAGUACAGCGAGAAAAAACCCCUCCCCGAAAGUGGCCUGUGAGACGCAGUGCCUAGAAGUUCAAGGUGCAAUGUGGUUAUUAGCACGCAUGUGUCUGCGAGGUCUCAGCAGAUAUCAUCUCCAGUCGCACGGCCACAUGACCAGCUAUCGGAUUCGCUUGAGUAUAGAAACCGUGGUGCAAUAAUCCAUGGGCGGUAGACGCUGGUAUACUGCAAAUACGCCAGAAAGAAGUACAUGAUGCGGCCUUGAGUGACAAAUAAAAUUAAAAUUAGAAUACUUGUCGAUCAAUACGAUACCUUCGUUGUACUAGCUAUAAGAGA